AUGUUCGUCUUUAGUUUAAAGGUUAGGUGCACCAUAUGCGAAAAUAAACCCUGUGGCUCCGGCAGGACUUGUACCCCAUUGCUCACAUAUCCGGGUUACGAGUGCACGUGCUUCGCAGGCUUCCUGGCGCCAAACUGCACGGACCACAAUGAGUGUUCAAUGGCGCCCGCAGUAUGCAACAAUGGAAGUUGCGUCAACACACAAGGAGGUUACCACUGUGCAUGUUUCAAAGGCUUUACCGGAACUCACUGUAACAAUGUGAUGGAGGCUUGCGGAUCGUCACCAUGCAAAAAUGGGAGUACGAGUUCGGUGGCGUCAGAUGGCAGCCACGUGUGUAAUUGUAACGUGGGGUUCAACCAAUCCAAGGACUGCGAUGUUAUAGACGAGUGUAACAUGGUUUCCGACCACAACCCAUGCAGUAACGGCACCUGUGUUAACACUCAAGGCAGCUUCUAUUGUUCCUGUAACGCCGGGUACCAGAGCAAGUUUUGUCAGGACGACGUCGACGAAUGUUUGAGGGAUCUUUCAAAUGUAACUACAAUAAGGGAUUUAAAGGCUCUCUUUGCGACAUUGACGUCUCACAGUGAUUAUCUAGAGCAUGCCUGCACGGCAGAUGUCAGCAUACGCUAG